AUGGCACAGAACACGGGGACUGCAGAAAGUUCUGCAGUACAGCUAGCUAGGAAGAUGGGCGGGUCCCUUGCACACUCCUAUUUCCAUAGUUCCUCCCCUCACUUCCUCUCUGCUACUCUGUUUUCUGGCUUUAGUAUUGUUGCAAAAUCAGAGAAGGCCACAGGACCCAGAUUUUCAGUUUGUGAGAAGCUGUCUUCCACCCACCUGGCCUUCAGGCAUAAAGAAACGAGCCUUUUUCAGAAGAAGCAUCUAGUGUUCUGCUUCACAUUUGUAACUGAUGGCUCCCUGUGUGAGGACUCUGCCCUUAACAAGGAGCACUCCAACCUGUCCUGGUUACAACUGGCUCUAGAGUUCUCAAAUAUGUUCACAUGUAAGCUUGGAAUACAAGAUCAAGGAAGUCCCCAACUGAGAAUCAUCUUACUUGGAAAAACUGGAGCAGGAAAGAGUUCAACAGGGAACAGCAUCCUUGGAAGAAAAGCAUUUCUUUCUGGCAUUUGUGCAAAAUCCAUUACCAAGGUCUGUGAGAAAGGGGUGAGCAUCUGGGAUGGGAAAGAGCUUGUUGUCGUGGAUACACCUGGCAUUUUUGACACUGAGGUACCAGAUGCUGACACACAAAAGGAGAUCACUCGCUGUGUUGCUCUGACCUCUCCAGGGCCUCAUGCUCUGCUCCUGGUCAUCCCUUUGGGGCGUUAUACUGUGGAAGAACACAAGGCCACACGGAAACUUCUGAGCAUGUUUGAAAAAAAGGCUAGAAGAUUCAUGAUACUCUUGCUCACCAGGAAGGAUGACUUGGAAGACACAGAUAUCCACGAGUACUUAGAGACGGCUCCUGAAGUCCUUCAAGAGUUGAUCUAUGAGUUCCGGAAUCGCUACUGUUUGUUCAAUAACAAAGCAUCAGGAGCUGAACAGGAAGAGCAGAAGAGGCAGCUGUUGACCUUAGUUCAGAGCAUGGUGAGGGAAAAUGGUGGAAAAUACUUUACUAACAAGAUGUAUGAAAGUGCUGAGGGUGUGAUUCAGAAACAAACCUGGAAGAAGAAAGAAUUUUACAGAGAGGAACUGGAGAGAGAGAGAGCACGGAUAAGACGGGAGUAUGAAGCAGAGAUUCGAGAUCUGAGAGAUGAACUGGAAAGGGAAAGGAGAAGGGCACGUAUGGAGAGGGAGUUCAAUGAGAACGAUCUUAUCUUUGCAGAGAGACAACAAAAUGCUAGGAGGGAAGUUGAGAACACAAGUAUGAUACUUGAAUUAAUCAUAAAAGCAUGGGAGAUUGCUUCCUUUAUCUUCAACCAGUUUAUGAGAGACUAGAUUUCCUUGAUAACAUGCUGUACAGAGCUCACACCCUCCAUGACACAUCCACUCCAACAGGACUAUGCCUUCUAAUGGUGCCACUCCCUGGGCUAAGUAUAUAUGCCAUAACAAACACCAUGGCCAAAAGAAAGGGUUCGUUUUUAUCUUACAGCUUAUAACCCAUCCCAGAGGAACGGCAACUCAAACCAGGAACCUGGAGACAGGAACCGAUGCAGAGGCCAUGGAGGAGUGCUUUACUUGCUUGGUGCCUAUGACUUGCUUAGCUUUUUAAAACUUUUUUUUUUUUUGUGAAUUUCACAUCAUGCACACCAAUCCCAAUAAUUUCCCUGUCCCUCCAUAUCCACCCUCUGCUGCUGCACCUCCCCUCUAAAAGAAAACAAAAUAAAAUAAGACCAAAAAAA